AUGGCGGCCAAGACGUACACCUGGGUAUCUUUGUGGUUCUUGAUCACGAUUCCAGUCAUUUUCUGGGAUGCCCUCUUUCUCUUCUUCCGGCCACGUUCGUUUGAGGGUGGCGACCUCCACUGGAUCUGGAGGCCGUACGGGCUCUACCAGAACAUUGACUUCGUAUACGGCGUCAGAGCCUGGGAGGAACACGACGGCUUCCCAAACGCACAAUCGCUCCUCAACAUCGUCGAGAACCUGCUGAACAUCACCUACCUCUACCUUGCGCACGUAUCCGGAACCCCCGUUGCGACGUUGGUGGGGUUCGCGAGCGUGGUCAUGACGCUGUCCAAGACACUCCUGUACUGGCUGCAGGAGUACUAUUGCAGCUGGUGCUCAAUUGGGCACAACAACUUAAAGGAUCUGAUCGUGUUGUGGGUGAUUCCCAACGGUGCGUGGAUCAUUGUCCCGUCACUCAUCCUCCUGCGCCUGGGCAAGGACAUCGCCGAGUCCCUGCACGCCGCUUACAAUAUAGAGCGAAGGGUGGCAUCGGGGAAGAAGCAAUGA